CGUCGUUGUUCUAGGUUGUCAUUCACCAUGCUUAUUGUGAAUGAUUGUGGUGCCCAGCUAAUUUGACAAGUCACAACAAAACAUCAACAUCUUGGGCACGUCAUCUUGGAACAAAGUUUUUUAGUUUCUUUUAUCCACAUAAAAACGAAUAAAAAUGAGUGCUUUAUUCAAUUUCCAAAGUUUGUUAUCGGUAAUUUUAUUGAUGAUUUGCACCUGUGCAUAUCUUCGUUCCCUCUUCCCAAGUAUCAUUGACCGCAACAAGACCGGGCUGCUGGGUGUUUUCUGGAAACUGGCAAGGAUAGGUGAACGAAAAUCACCAUACGUGGCUGUGGCGUGUGUUAUCAUGGCAGCAUCGUUACUAUUUUGGACGUGAUUGAUAUUUGUGGCGGCAUUUACUACAAUGAACUUGAAUCAUCCACAAAUAUUAGGGCUAUGAGUGUUUUUUAUUUUGUAAUUAUCCACUCCAGUUUAUUAUUUGAGAGAACAAUUUUGCAUUUCCUUGUUUUUUAGAAUUAAACCUCCAUAUAUGUAUGCAUGAGUGUAUGUAAAUAUACAUUAUUUUUAAGGCGA